AUGACUAUUGAUUAUGAGGCUUUGAGGUGUGUUAUUGCCACCCCGGACGCCCCUUGGGUGAUGGAUGCUGAUAAUAAGAAACCCAAGGGGAUGCUGUUUGCUCAUUUAUCAAGAGAGGCUAGGACAUGGAGAAGCGGAGCUUCAACUUCCUUUGAUUCUGAACCUGAUAGGACCUUCUUUAGAUUAAGGAGGGAAGCAAGAGGGAAGAGAGUCGUUGGUAUUGAGGAAGAGGAAGAGUAUUUUGAAACAAACAUGGAUGAGAAUAUGGAGAAUCACCAUGAGGAAGAAGUUCAUAACCAUGCCAGAGGAGGCCCAGUCAAUCAUGAUGGGCAAGAAAGGAGAGUCUUAGGCUCCUACAUCAACCCAAACCCAGGGAAUUAUGAAAGGACUCAGAAGAAGGGAGCACUAGAACUCAACUCCGUAGAUGCCUUGUUAGCUCAGAACAAAGCAAUUGCAGCACAAAUAGCAACAUUGACCAAGAGGAUGGAGGCCAACCAAGCCUUAGUCAUUCAAGACCAAACUCCUCAACAAGAAGGGAAUGCAUCAGAAUCUGAAGGUGACUGGGAACAAGCUAAUUAUGUUCACAAUUCAUCCAGAACACCAUAUGACCCACAUUCUAAGACAUAUAAUCCAGGUUGGAAGAAUCACCCAAACUUUGGGUGGGAAAAUCAACAAAACCACAACCAGGACCACAACAAACCUUAUCCAUCAAAUCAGCAUCCCAACCACAACCCCAACCAUCAAACAGGGAACCAUAGACCCUACCAUAACUCACAAAACACAUUAUACCAUAACAACCAACCCAUACACAACAACCUCAAUCAAGAUGCACCAUCCUCAACUAUGCAACCAUACGAAAUCAAGAGCAACUUUGAGAGGAUGGAGGCUGCAAUAGCACAACUAUCAUCCCAGAUUUCAAGGGCAGUCUCCUCCCUCAUGGAUAGACAAGCACAAACUGAUAGGAGGAUAGAUGCUAAUCAAAAGGAAUACAGGUCAAAUCUGAAAAAUUAA